GAACAUAGAAACAGGAAGUAUUUACGUGAAUUGGUUUUCUCGGAAACUUGUGAAUAAGUUAAUUUUUCGAGCUGUUUUUGAAUUAAAAUCAGUUUGAAAUUUAGUGAAAAUAAAACAUUUGUCAAUUUCGGGAAGAUUGAUAUUGUGAUAUUCAACUAUCAGCGCGUAUUAAGACCGAUCUUCAAAGAAAUUUCAUUGACAUUUGCCGGCUUCAUUUUGUGUAUUGGGUGUUUAUAGUUAUUUGACAUAUCUCAAGAAUAUCUUUAACCCGCCUCGCUUUCGGAAACAAAGAAGUUUGUUUCCGCUUGGAUGUCCAGUAGCAUCGACCAAGAGCCUGCAGCUAAGAAGCAAAAACUCGACACUUCUGAGAAUUCACACUGCAAUUCAAAUUCGCCUGGUAAACUGGCUUCUACUACUGAUUCAUAUCAAACAGACACCUGCACUGAACAUUUAGACACUCAAGCUAUGUACAGAAAAUAUUCAGCAGAGAUGGCGAAGAAUUCCCAGAAUGGUGUAGAGGGGGAGAUAGAUGAAGGGCUGUACUCUAGACAGCUGUACGUUCUUGGACAUGCUGCUAUGAGACGUAUGCAGUCCUCCAAUGUGUUGAUUUCUGGCAUGAAGGGUUUGGGUGUGGAGAUUGCCAAAAAUGUUGUCCUGGGUGGUGUCAAGUCAGUUACAAUCCAUGAUUCUGGUAAUGCAACAUGGACAGAUCUGUCAGCACAGUUUUUCCUAAGUGAGUCAGACAUUGGGAAGAACAGAGCAGAGGUUACACUACCUAGAUUGGCAGAAUUAAACAGUUAUGUUCCAUGUAAUUGUUACACAGCAGAACUGACAGACUCCUACUUAAAAGACUUUCAGGUGGUGGUUCUGACAGAUUCAAGUCUUGAAGAGCAGGUCAGAGUAGGUGAAUUUUGCCAUGCAAAUGACAUUAAAUUCAUUGUUGCUGAGACAAGGGGACUUUUUGGGAUGAUAUUCUGUGAUUUUGGAGAAGCUUUUGUUGUCUCUGAUGUGGACGGUGAACAGCCAAUCAGCAACAUGAUUGCUGAUAUUGAUGAGGAUGGUGUGGUGACAUGCCUAGAUGAAACACGUCAUGGUUAUGAAGAUGGAGAUUAUGUACAAUUUUCAGAAGUAAAAGGAAUGACAGAACUUAACUCACAUGAGCCUAUCAAGAUCAAGUGGCUAGGACCAUACACAUUUGGUAUAGGAGACACAAAAGGGUUUUCAACCUAUCAAAAGGGUGGUAUAGUGACCAAAGUAAAGAUGCCAAAAACUAUCAAGUUUAAAUCCAUAAAGGAGGCAAUGAAUGCACCAGAGUUUGUGUUGACAGAUUUUGCCAAGUUUGACCGUCCAGGCCAGCUUCAUAUAGCUUUCCAAGCAAUACAUGAAUACAUCAAGAAGAAGUCUGAAUUACCAAGGAGUAGAAAUAAGGAAGAUGCUCGAGAGUUUAUGAAAGUUUUCAAUGAAAUCAAUGCUAAUUCUGGAGCUAAAUGUGAGGAUGUAGAUGAAAGUGUAAUAAAUGAAUUUUCAUUCGGAGCACGAGGUGAUCUAUGUCCUUUGGCAGCCGUCAUUGGGGGAAUAACUGCACAAGAAAUCAUGAAGGCCUGUUCAGGCAAGUUCAGUCCAGUGUGUCAAUAUCUGUAUUUUGAUGCCCUGGAAUGUCUACCACAAGAAAACAGAGAUGAAAUUCUAACAGAGGAGUCAUGUAAACAGAAAAACGACAGGUAUGAUGGGCAGACGGCAGUGUUUGGACAGGAGUAUCAGAACAAGCUUAAUAGUCUAAAAUAUUUCCUAGUUGGAGCAGGAGCUAUUGGAUGUGAAAUGUUGAAGAACUGGGCUCUAAUGGGUGUAGCCUGCGGGGAGGGUGGUCGAGUGUACGUAACAGAUAUGGACAUUAUCGAAAAAUCCAAUCUUAAUAGACAGUUUCUGUUCAGACCUUGGGAUGUAUCAAAACACAAGUCAUCCACAGCAGCUGCUGCAGCAAAGGCAAUGAAUCCUGGUCUCCAGAUCACCCCGCAGGAAAACAGAGUGGGACAGGACACUGAAAAUAUUUACACAGAUGAUUUCUUUGAACAGCUGGAUGGUGUUGCCAAUGCUCUUGAUAAUGUUGAUGCUCGUAUGUAUAUGGACAGAAGAUGUGUGUAUUAUCGAAAGCCUUUGUUAGAAUCUGGUACACUUGGAACAAAAGCAAAUGUUCAGGUAGUUAUCCCACACCUAACAGAAUCCUACUCCUCGUCACAAGAUCCACCUGAGAGAUCUAUACCUAUCUGCACUUUGAAGAACUUUCCUAAUGCCAUAGAACAUACUUUACAAUGGGCCAGAGACACAUUUGAGGGAGAGUUUAAGGGACCAAUAGAAACAGCUAAUCUUUAUCUUACAGAUCCUAAGUUUAUGGAAAGAACAUUAAAACUACAAGGAACACAGCCGAUUGAAACAUUAGAUACAGUUCGUAAAGUUCUAGUAGACAACAAACCAUCAAGUUUUGAGGAUUGUGUGAAAUAUGCUAGAAAUUUGUGGGAGGAAAAUUACAGCAAUCAAAUACAGCAGUUAUUGUUUAACUUCCCUGCAGAUCAGGUAACCAGCUCGGGAGCACCAUUCUGGUCAGGACCUAAGAGAUGUCCACAUCCUCUCAAAUACGACUCUAACAAUGAUAUGCAUUUAGAGUUUGUAGUUUCUGCAGCAAACCUGAAAGCUGAGAUAUAUGGGAUAAAGCAGGUUCGGGACAAAGCGGCAGUCAAGGCUAUGGUAGAUAAGGUUGUGGUCAAAGAGUUCAAACCAAAAUCUGGCAUCAAAAUAUCAGUGACAGAUGCCGAUCUUGAGGGAAAUUCAAGCAAUGGAAACUUUGAUUCAGAUGAUGUAAAGAAAUUAAAGGAGCAGCUACCAUCUCCAGACAAGAUGAAAGGAUUUAAGUUACGUCCAGUAGAAUUUGAGAAAGAUGAUGAUAGCAACUUUCACAUGGACUUCAUUGUUGCAUGUUCUAAUCUCAGAGCCGAAAAUUACGACAUUCCACCCGCUGACAGACAUAAGAGCAAGCUGAUCGCAGGUAGAAUCAUUCCAGCAAUAGCUACAACCACGGCCAUGGUUGUUGGUUUAGUAUGUCUGGAAAUGUACAAGAUAGUACAAGGUCACAAGAAGUUAGAGCUGUUUAAGAAUGGUUUCUGUAAUCUUGCUCUACCAUUCUUUGCUUUCUCCGAGCCUAUUGCUGCACCCAAAAACAAGUAUUACGACACAGAAUUCACAUUGUGGGACAGAUUUGAGAUACAGGGUGAAAUGACACUACAGGAAUUCAUUGAUCACUUUCAGAAUGAGCGCAAGUUGGAGAUUACAAUGUUAUCACAGGGUGUUACAAUGCUUUACUCAUUCUUCAUGCCACCUGCCAAGAGAACAGAGAGAAUGGGACUACCAAUGUCAGAAGUUGUGAAGAAAGUAUCAAAGAAGAAGAUCCCAAGUUACGUUAAAGCUUUGGUUCUAGAACUCUGCUGUAAUGACACUGAAGGAGAAGACGUGGAGGUGCCCUAUGUUCAAUACAGACUACCACAGUAAAAUCUAGUUGUUACCUCCCUUGUCUACAAGAAGCUCAACUGGGAUAGCCUCCCUUUGAUGAUGAUUUUUUGAAGAAAGUGAAUAUAUGUGAUACAGAGAUUAAUCAAGAUCUGUGUAGUUAAACUCUCACUAUAGUGUAUAAAGGUGUAUACAAUACUGACAUAUUUUUGAAAUAUGUGUAGAUCAAAAUGAUUCUAUGUGUGCAGUGCAGGUGAACUAACCUUUUAUCAGUGGUUAUGUUACAUGUUCAAAAAUCCAACAGGUAACGAAUAAUUUAGGGCUUGAAACUGUGAUAGGAAUGCUCGUUAGGAAGCACAAUUAUCAUUACUUGGAUCUUACAUGUAAUUUCAUUGACAUUUGCUUGCUUUGAGAAAUACAGGUAUGUUGUAGACGCCUAUAUGUCAUAAAAUAAUUACUUAGAAUACUUUUUAUGCUAAAGUCUAGUUUAUCAAAAUAAGUGCUAUUGUAAAAUUGAACAAGUAUGUGCUGUUGUAUUUAUACAUGUAUUAUGUGCUAAUUUGUUAUUUAAGUUGGGAUAAAUGGUUAUUGAAGAAUUUGAACAUUUGUGCACGAUUCUAAAAAUGCCAAAGUUAUAUUUGGUAUUUAUUGUUUAUUUUUGCAUGGUGAUCUGGACUUACCAGUUGUUUGGUAUAAUGCCAUUAUGAUACGAAUAAAGUCAUUGUACAGAAGUA